AUGUCACGUUCAGAUAAGCGAAAAUCCACAGAAAUUCGUUCAAUUUCUAUUGAACAAAACUAUGUAAAUAGAGACGGUUCUGCUUCCUUUAAAUUUGGCGACUCGAAUGUCGUAUGUUCGAUAAAUGGUCCGGUCGAAGUCAAAGUACGCGACGAAAAAUUGGACAAAGCUACGAUAGACGUAUCAUUCAGACCCUUGAUUGGCACGAAAGAUAAAACCAACGAAUUUUUCUUGCGAUCUACACUGGAAAAUGUUAUUCAAGCCAAUCUUCAUCCGCGGACGCUAAUUCAGAUUGUGUGCCAGGUGUUAAUGGACGACGGAAGUAUAUUGGCGGCGGCAAUCAAUGCGACAACACUAGCAUUAAUUAAUGCCGGAAUUCCGAUGACAGAUAUAGUUGUGGCCGUUGCAUGCGCCAUUGACGAGAACGGUGUGAUACUGGUUGACCCGAAAGGACAAGAGAUUGAGAAAUCUCAAUCCUUUCACACAUUCGCGUUUAAUAAAGCAUCCCUGAAUUUAUUGUGUUGUGAAUCUUUAGGAUUGUUUACUGAACAACAGUAUUUCGACUGUUACGAGUUAAGCAAGAAUGCCGCUCGAGAUAUUAUUGAGGAGAUUCACAAAGCAAUUCAAUUCAGCAGGCUGAAUCCUCGUAAGAUCAGCUGGACGCAAGUAUAUCGUCGUAUGCACAAAAAGGGUAUCACCGAAGAAGUUGCAAAGAAACGUUCCCGUCGUACAGUUAAAAUUGAGCGUGCAAUUGUUGGCGCAUCAUGGGAGGCUAUUAAAUCCAAACGCAAUCAAAAGCCGGAGGUGAGAGCUGCUGCUCGUGCCGCUGCUGUCCGUGAAGGUAAAGAGAAAAAGAAGCAAGAGCAGGCUAAGAGGAAGGCUGAGAAAGCAAAGAUUGCUCAAGCUACAUUCCGUGGACAAACUAAAGUUUCUAAACACCAAGCCCGUGGUGCUCAAGUAAAAGUUGCAGCAAAGAGUCGUUGA